AUCAUUUGGUUCAUUACAGAAACAAAUCAUUGUCGUUUUAGAUUUUAGGCCCUCAGAGCUGUUCAAAAUUACUAAUAAAUUUUAUACACGAUUUUCAGUACAGAGGACAAUAAGAUUUGGUUACUUUUCUAAACUAACGAUAAGUUUGAGGAGGAAUCGCAGUUUACCAGUGCAAAAACAAGAGAUACCUUGUCCAAAAGGCAGAUCCCCCACUCCAUCCAUCAUGAAUCAGGGAAACAGGCGUUCGCAGAGCGUGAACCAACCCCCACCCUAUACCCUCCAUCGCGGCAUCCGGAAUAUCUCGGAGUGCCGGAGAUCUCAGCGGAUCGAUCCUAAUCUGCUGGAUCCUCUAGAUUCGCGUCGCGUCCAGCAGCAAUUGGUGAUGGUCUAUCUGCGUGUUCGUCCCGCCAUUGAGCCCAAUCUGGAUUACAUGGAUCCGGGACUAACGGAGGAGCAGCGAAAGCGGCAACUCAUGUACAGUGAUCGCCCAUGGAUGUUGAUUAAGCCGCCGCACACCAUUCUGGUGACCCGAACUGCUCUGCCGGCGGCUCCGGGUGCAGCCACUGGUGCUCCGGGUGUGGGCACUGGUCCACCGAGGUCCCAACCCAAUUAUGACAUCGAGUUCCGGUUCCGGCGGAUCUUCAGCGAGCGGGCCUCGCAGGCGCUGGUCUAUAAGCAGAUAUCGGAGCCGAUCCUGCGGCAGAUGUUCCUCGGCGGCAGUGGCCUCAUCCUGAUUACCGGAGCCCCCGGCAGUGGCAAGACUUACUCGCUUCUUGGAUCCCGGAAUUCCCAGAAUGGUGGCAUCUUGCGUCGCACCUUGGAGUCCAUUUUCCGUUUCGCCGGCUGUGACCUCGUGGAACGCUAUCUCGUCCAGGCGGAUAAGCUGGGCGCUGGAUUCAUCUGCAUCCCGGCUAGAACUGCCCAGAAAUUGGCCGCCCAGGAGGAUCGCAUGCUGCAGGGAUCCCAGGAGUCUGGAACCACGCCGAGUCGUCCGGAAUGCCAUUGGCAAUUGAAUGGCGUGAAGAUCCAAGCUAGUCAUAAGCGGCGAGCCUGCUUUCUGGGCAUGAUUAUCGUACAGGAUGGCAACUUCUAUGAUCUCCUGGACCAUCACAGUGAGACCGAUGGACGUCCGCCAGCAAUGAACCUGCGGGAGGAUCGCAAGGGCAGGUGUUUUGCGGUGGGGGCCAAUCGCCUGGAGAUUCGCAGUGCCGACGAGGCGGAGCUCAUGAUCAAGGCAGCCCUGACGAAAAGGGAGGCAUGGAGCCAUUAUGGCGGCAGCCAUCUGGUGAUCAACAUUUAUCUAGUGGUCUACGAUAAUAUCCGACGGAGUGAGCUCCUCGAGUGCGGUCAAAUCACAAUUGUGAAGGUCCUGACACCCAGGCUAGGGUCCACGGCCAACUCGCGACGUUCCUGUGGAGCCCUAAAGGCGGUCUAUACAGUGCGCAACUGCAUCAGCUGCCUGCAUAGCAAUCAGUUGGCGGUCCUGAAGGGCAAGACGCCCAAGAAGACGCCCCCUUCCAGGGAGUGCAGUCUCACCCAGCUCUUGAGGCACUUUUUCGAUGUGCGGAACCUGGCCUGUGUCGUCUGCCUGGCCUCCAUUAGCCAGGAACGCGGUCAGGUGCUGGAGAACAUACGGGCCUUGCGAUUUGCCGAGGAAACCAUAUACAUUCAGGAAGAUGGUGCGAAUGACGCCGAGGAUGAGGACAAGCCCAUGGAUGCCGAUUCGGGCCUGUUCGCCACAUUUCUGGAUAAGAACUUCAAGCCAAACUACCGGGCCAUCCGCACGGUUAAGCCCAUCGAGCUGCCUCCCUUCGCGCAGGCCCAAUCCCUGAUCGAGAAUCUGAAGGCCCAUAUAGCAAGACGCAAGCAAUUGGUGGUUUCGUCCAAGACCCUCAGCAAGGAUUUCCUCGAGCGAAUGAAUGGUAAACGGGACGAGAUCUUCGUCCUGCAGGCCACGGCCCUAAAGGAACUGAGUCAGACCAUCUUCGAUUCCUCCAGACUGGUGGAUCAACUGGAGGUGACCCACGAACCGGUGCGCUAUGGCAAGAUCUCCGUUCAGGCCCAGCAGGCCGAGAAGCGGGCCCAGAUUUCGGAGAACCUUCUCCACGGACGCAACGAGCAAUUGGAACGACAUGUCAGUCAGUCCGAGGGCAGGGAGCACACGGAGCCAACUGGGGAUGCCAGAUGGCGCAAGGCCCAAAAGGAAGAAGUGGUCAAAACUAAACCUGUCUGGCAUCACUACUAAGCACCUAUCCUGAUCUCAAGUCAUGUGUGAUCUCAUCUUGGAAAGUACCUUCAUUUCGAAUUUAGAUCUCUAAGGAAUUUCACAACUAUCACUUCUGAAGUCCGGAACAAAACUGAUUUAUGCUAUUAUACAGGAGAGACCAUCUAUCCACGAACCGGUCAAAACUCAACCUGUCUGGCAUCACUACUAAACCUAGACACUCAUCACAUUAUGAUAGCAAGUUCUAGUCAUAUGUGAUCUCAUCUUGGAAAGUAACUACUACGAAUUUUGAUCUCUAAGGAAAUCCGUUCUCACAUACCAAAUCUAGAAAAAAACUGAUUCAUGCUAUUAUACAGGAGAGACUGUCUAUCCACGAUCCGGUAACUUAUGGGAAAAGGAUGAAUUAGUCAAACUCAACCUGUCUGGCAUCACUACCAAACACCCAUCACAUCUUGAUCCCAAGUUCUAGUCAUUUGUGAUCCCAUCUUGGAAAGUACUCUCAUUUCGAAUUUAGAUCGCUAAGGAAUUCACUUCUAUAUAUCAGAUCUGGAAAGAAUGCUAUCAUGCUAUUAUGAAGGACAGACUAUCUCUUUGGACUGGAAAAUAUUGUAUUUAUCUUGGAGUAACACGCUAAUGAUCCUCUGUAUGAUAAAAAGGUCAAUUGAUCAAGUACGUUGAAGAGUAACUAGACAACAAAUAUAUAUUUUUAU